GCGUUCAUUAUAAGUUGCAAGCACUGGUGUCGCACUUUUUCAGGAGUUGUCAAUAUCUUUUCCGCCACAGUGAUCAUUGGCUCAAUAUGUGGAAACUACCUUUGUUAUGUGUGGUUGUCGCAGGCAUUUCCUUGGUCUCAGAAUGCUCCUCUGAAGCUCAAAUUCGUCCUGGACCUCAUCCAGCUGUCAGAGGUCCCCCGCGGGGACCGCCUCUUCUGGGUCCAGGGGGGCGUGGGGGAGCGAAGAAAUUCCGGGGCAUCCAGUUCCGUCACAACAAUGCCGCCGCUCUAUUUAAGUCCAUGUUUUCACAUCAACAACGGCGGAAAGGGUCAAUGCAAAAGCGACCCCCUCCCCCUCCCCCACCUCACCGAUCGUUGACCGUGGUGCCUGACAAAGGUCAGCUACCUCAGAGGCGAGGGCCUCCCAGGUUUGCGCCGCCAAGGCGGAUCCCAUCAAAUGGUCGACCUGGUCGUCAGACCCCACCCCAUGGGGGUAACCGACCUCCACCCCCUCCCCCUCCCGGUACACCUGUCAGGCUAGGCCCUCCUCGCAAUCAAGGACCUCCACAUAAACAAGGGCCUCCUCAAGGCCAAGGUCGACCUCCUCUACCCUUGGCCCCCAAUCCAUACUUGAAAUCUACCCGAAUUUCCAAGCCCGGACCCCCGAUUGUACGAGGUCCUGAAAUUUCUACGCCUACCACUACAACUAGCACUACCACCACCACUACCACCACCACCACCACUACAACCACUGGUAGAGCCGUGUAUGCUCCAUCUGGUCCUAUCAACUCGGUAUGGAACCCCUCACCAGCCUCGUACGAUGGAUCGGUGCAACCUCCAGCCCCUCCUGUAGAUCCGAAGGAUACGUUGUAUCGAGAACAAAGUAUCUAUAAGAGCUCGCCGAGCUCGUCAUUGCCACCAAAAUCGGAUAAAGGCGGCGAAAACCAAGAUUCCAGUUAUCCAUUUGGACGAUUCGAUUAUUUUGGCAACCGUGGAUCCGCGAAUUCAGAUUUUGACCAAGAGGCGUCUGCCGACGAGGGAUCUAAACAGGUGUCAAAUAAUGAUAACAUUAAAAGCAACAUAAAAUUGCCAUCGCCUCAAUCAGCACCCAGCUUCCAAUACACCAUUAGCACAACCAGUACAAUCAAACCUGCACCUAUCAGGUCCAAACCAACAUCCACAUACACUUCUUUUAACAAUGUGCCUGAAUCUUCCACCUACAAACAAUAUGAAUCGAGCUCUUCUUCUUCACCCUCACCACCAAUUUACUAUAUCAGCAACUCAAACGAACCUGCACCUUUUAAACCCUCGUCCCAAUCAGUUCCAUCACAGACCUCAAUCUCAACCACCUCUCGUUCCCAAUCAGUGAACUCUUACAAAGUCAUUUCAUCUGCACCUGCUGCAGAUGAAACCGACCUUUCAAACCCGGAUGCUGAAUCCACUUACCCUCAACCAUCCCCAUCCCCCCUUCAAUCCAAUCCAAUCUCUUCCUACAUUGGCACCCCAUCUUCUUCCGCCUCUCCUCAGGGAAAAGCGGCCUCAAAGAAUAACGAUCCUUACCAUUGGAAACAGGUGGACAGCCCGAGCGUCGACAAAUCUCCAGCACAGUCCCAAUACCUGCCCCAAGAGCCUCGUGAUAAUGGGAACAAGGAUGAAAGUAAUCAAUAUGGGGCUCCUCAAGCUCCCACAUUCUCCUAUUCUGGUAGCACGGUGGGUCAAGAUGAGAAAACAUUUACUAAACAAGAAUACACCCCACCCACUUAUACCUCCAAUGGUGACAGUCAAUCUUUUAAUAUGCCCUCAUCUCAGGGAUCUUCGGUAUACUUUAAGCCUUCCAGCGAGGAAGGGAGCGGCGAUGGAAAACAGGGUGGUGGAGGUUCCGCUUCGCAAGCUAAUAUCCCGUCCUCUACUUACUCGCAGACCUUUUCCGUGAGCGAGCCCGUCGAAAACGUCUUCACUCCUGGUCCAGUUUACUAUAAGAGUGAUGGCAAGACGGUCUCAUCGAAACCCGUCACAACCACCACGACCAAGGCGCCAAUUAUCUACUAUCAGCCAAUUUCGAACUCCAAGGACGAUAAACCCAUCCCGAGUUACAAUUCGGGGUCAAAAGCUCAACCAUCUAUCACCUAUAAACCAAGCUCCUCUUCUUCUUCUUCAUCCUCCUCCUCUUCAUCUGCUUCCUCCUCUUCCUUGGAAUCAGUGUACAAUCCACAACCUUCUAAGGAGACCAACAACAUUUACGGUUCUGGGACACAAUCCGAGACGGCAGCACCAGCACCUAGCAAUUCCUAUCAGCCCUCACCUCCCAAAGUCCAGACCGAAACAAAAUAUGAAGCUCAAGAGAACGAGGAACUGGCCUCCGGAUUUGGAUUUCAGAGCGGAGAGUUCAAGAUUCCAGAUUUUUUCCGGAAUUUCUUGAGCGCGCCACCAGCAUGGAUCAACGUUAAGGAUUGGUAAUA